AUGCAACGCAUUAGAGACGAGUCUUCGGCCGUGUUUUGUCCAAAAAAUGGUUCGGAGACCCAAAUAGAGGCCAAUCGACGGAAAGUCCAUUAUAUCGCUUGUAAUCCAGUUUUGAAGCAUAAAUGUCGUGAUCUGUCGGCCGAAGAACUGAAGCCAUUGACAUUCAAAGAGGACAUCCAUUCUGUGGAUUAUAAGAGACAAUAUUCGGUGUUUAAUAAAAUCCAAAACUCUGUGUAUAAAAUUGCAUGA